UUUUCUGUCCACGUGUAAAACUCAGGGUAGCUUUCGUGGAUCAGUAGGCGUCGCCGAGCGGCUCGUCUCUGGAUUCUUGUCAAGGACCACGUGGGUCUUUGUUGGAGUUCAUUUUGGACGAGUCAAAUGGGCCCUGCUUGGAAAACAUGGACCUCCGUGGGACCCACCUUUGACCUUUGGAAUCUUCAAACUUCGAAUAGCAACUCAAUGAUCGAACCCAACCUGCGAUCUCGGACCCGAGUCUGUGAGAUCCUCAGUUCACCGACCGACCCGGUUCAUGUCAUCGGGCUAGUCUUUUCAUUCUUGACUCGGACGGUCAAUCCAAACACGCCUCUCCUCGUCCUUUUUGCCGUUGAACCGAGACAUCAGGCGGACAGGCUACCUCCGGCUCCUUCCUCGCACCUUCGUCUUCCGCGACCUCCUCGAUAGAUUAACCCGCCCCUCUUCAAGCCUUUGUAGGAUUCAAAUACCACCACAGAAGAGGUCGGCCAGAGCAUGGCACCCGACGUGCGGCAUGCCGUGGUCGCCAAGGAGGAGGACUGCUGCCAGACGCAGCUGCCCCUCAAUGAAAACGACUCCCAGGACAUGGUCCUCUUUGAGGUCCUCUCCGAGGCGUCCGCUAUGGCCUCCUCCUCCGCCGUGGAGCAACCGUCGUUGUCUUUUCCGGCUGCGGCAGGCGACGCGGGCUUCAUCUGCAACUGUGCCCGGCCGACGGGGCACUUCAGGAAGUACCGGGGGGUGCGGCGGCGGCCGUGGGGCAAGUUCGCGGCGGAGAUCCGCGACUCGUCCCGGAACGGCGCCCGCCUCUGGCUCGGCACGUUCGACACGGCGGAGGCGGCUGCGGUGGCCUACGACCGGGCGGCAUUCCGGAUGCGGGGCGCCAAGGCUCUGCUUAAUUUCCCGCCCGGCUUCUCCUUCGUGGGGGGCGCCGCGAUCGGCGACGUGGGAGCUGCCUUAAGAGGCGACGGCGCCGGAACCGGCGUGCUUAGAGCCUCUGAAUCAUUCGAGGGUGCCGAGAGUGUCACCAACAGGCAAUUCACGAGUCAUGGUUCAUGAAUCAUGAAGCUUCCCUACGUAGCAGUAGGAAAGCUUCUCGGUGUAUAAGGUGAGACAUUGGAGAUGAAGAGUGAUUUAGCAGUAGGACGCGAGAGAUUUUAUAGAGAGACUGCUAUUUGGUAG